CUGUCUCGGAUUCUCCAAAUUGCUCGGAUCGCCAAAUCCAAGCAGCAAUUCAACCAGAUUGAGACCAAGGACCUGCACAAGUCGACGACGUCCGCCUCGUCCAACUUCACCCAGUGUUACGAGGCCAACGGCCGCAUAGUGAUGAACCUCGGCGGUGACAUGCUGCCACAGUAUCGGCAAGAGACACCGAAAACAUCGCCACAUAUUAUUCUGCACUAUUCGACGUUCAAAACGAUCUGGGAUUGGUCAAUUCUGGCGUUGACGUUCUACACUGCGUUUAUGGUUCCAUUCAAUAUUGCCUUCAAAAAC